GUCUGAGGUCCACACUGUACAAGGCAUAUACAGGACCACUGCCAGAUCCAGAUAUGAUGGCAUCUGGAAGCAAAUUAAGCCAGGUGCAGCCCCAAUCUCUCAUGGCUGUUGUAUUGGAUGGGGUUUCUGAAAUGGAGCUGUCGCCAUCCAUAUUUGGGUCUGUCCCUCGUGGAUCCCCCAUGUCCUAUCACUGUCCACCCAAGAAGUCGAGUGACCUCCUCCUACACCACAUGGCUCCAGAAUUUCCCUCCCUUCCUGUGAUGCAGCACACUUUUCCCAGGUUGCAUUUCGUCCCGACCUUGCAUCAGUUAAUGCAUCUCCAGUCUCUAGAAGUGUCACCACAGCUGUCCUGCGAGAUAGCAAAAGAAACUCAGCAGCAAUCCAAAUGUCCUGCGUGGACACAGCUACGGCGACCAAGGCUGACCGCUAGUCUAUUUUGGGAUGCUUGUUGUAGUCGGGCGUGUCGUGCAGAGCUGGAGUCUGCAGCUAUUCGGAUGAUCAGAGGCUCCACAAAGCAAACAGCUGCAAUGAAGCGUGGUCUCCUAGUGGAGUCUGAAGUGCUGGCAAACUAUGCUGCACUUUUGAGAGUUAACGUUUUACCAGCAGGAUUUUUCAUUCACCCUGACGCACCACAUCUCGGGGCCAGUCCAGACGGUCGUGUGUAUGACCCUUCAGAGUCGCCUCCUUUUGGCUUGGUUGAGGUGAAGAGCAGCACAAAAAAUGAUCCAUCACAGGUUGCUCACCUCAAGGUGCAGGAAGGCCACGCCAGUCUGAGGCGUUCACAUAAGUACUAUUGGCAGGUUCAGGGCCAGCUGGCAAUCACAGGACUGACAUGGUGUGAUUUUGUUACAGAUACCCUAUCAACGAUAACUGUGGAAAGAAUUUGGCGUGAUGACUCAUUCAUAGCAGAAAUGAAAGAGAAAUUGGAUUUAUAUUAUUAUGGCACAUACAUGAAUGCAUACCUUGAAUUACAAUAAUCUUGUAUUUAACAAUCAGUUCA